ACUGCAUUCUUCCCAUGUGGCUUCUCUUAAAUGAAAGUAACGCAAGUGCCAUGCGUAAAUUAGAAAUUUUAUAAUUUUAUUAACAUAUAAUUAAUGUGACAGAUGAACAAAUAUUAUUCACUCUAAAUUACAGUCACACUUGAGUCUGGAAUAUAGAAGUAUUGUAAUUACGGAAUUCAAAUUAUAGUGUUAAUUGAAGAUGGUGGCAGACAAUUUCCCACGAGGUGGUAAAAAAACAUCGAAAAAGAAUCCAACAAAUUAUUUGUUUAAUCGAACGCCAAAGCAAAGGCGCAGAACAGAAAAAUCUGGAGGUGAACAUGAACAUGUGCAACGGGCCAACGAAAUUGUGGCAAGGACUGCCCAAUGCUUAACCUACACAACGCUUUCGCAAGGCAUGACUCUCCUCGGCCGAGUGCACAGCUCUAGCCAAUACGACGUGACUGUCUCGCUACCAGGACGAUUAAGUGGGGUUUUACAAGUGACGAAUGUGAGUGAAGCCUACACAAACCUUCUCCAGAAUCUGGUAUCUUCAGAGGUGCAUCCCGAGGACUUCAAGGCUUUAUCAGAGCUCUACAAGAGAGGAGACUAUGUUGUGUGCUAUGUUAAAAGCAUCAAUGCACAAAGCAAACAUCGCGUUGUCCUCUCGCUCGAGCCUGAAAUGAUUAAUCAGAACUUAGAUCCUGGAAAAUUAAAACAAGGAUCCAAAAUUGUAUGCUCUGUUAACAGUGUUGAAGAUCAUGGAUAUGCGAUGGACACUGGCAUUCAGAAUCUUCGAGGAUUUUUAGAAAAUAAGGAUGUCAUGGAUGGAAAUCAAUACUAUCCUGGGCAACAAAUUUUCUGCGCAGUACGUUCAGCAGCCACCGUCGACGGUAUAACAAUAGUGAAGCUAUCCACAAAAAUGAAACAUACAAAGACACCCUCACCGUUAGGGGAGGCUCAAUCCGUAGAUGCCCUAAUCCCUGGAACAAAAUAUUCAGUGUCAGUAGAAACAAUUCUCUCCGAUGGUCUUCAAGUGACCUUCAACAGCGAUAAUAUUGGCUACAUAAAUCGUUUGUACCUGCAGAAUCCCCUGGAGACAUAUGAACAGGGCUCAGAGUUCGACGCAAUUUUUCUCUAUACUCUGCCUACAGUAAAAUUAUCAUAUUUCUCCGAAACCUCGCUAGACCCAGAGGUGGAAAUCGCAACCUGUGGAGAAUUUACAAAAGCACGAGUUCUCUUCAACGACGCGAGGGGAAUAGUCCUUCGUUUAGGAAAAAGCACUCGUGGAUUUCUACCCUUCAAACGUUCGGGAGUCGACGUUCAGAGAAUCCCCGAAAAAUUUACUCCGAACACGGUCCAUAAAUGCAGAAUAUUAACGUAUGAUAAUUUCGAUCGCAUCUACAUCUGCUCAGCUCUGAAACACGAGCUUAACUCGGAGUACAGAAUUCCCGAGACAGUGGCCUUAGGGGAUAUUAUAGAAGUGAGAAUUAUUCGUCAAAACCAGGAUAACAAAUUUCUCUUUGUCAAAGCCGGAAAAAUUUUGGGAGACGUAGCUCCAGAGCAUAUUUGCGACAUUGAUGAUGAGGUUGUACCCUUAGUAGGUAAAAAAGUAUUGGCGAGGGUUCUCUCGAAAGACAAAAAAGGGGAGCGUUUCAACUUCACGUUGAAGAAGUCCCUGGUGGAGAGUCACCUUCCGAUUCUCUCAGAAUUUGCUGAUGCUCAGGUUGGCUCCAUACAUCUGGCAACGGUUAUCAAGAAGAGUGGACAAGGUUUGUUGGUGAAAUUUUUCGGCGAUCUGAAAGGUCUGAUAUCCGCAAAAUCGCUGCAGAAAAUUUUUUGGGGAAUUAAGGCAUUUAGGCAAGGGCAAGUCGUGCAGGUGAGGAUUACAAAUGUAAUUCUACAGGAGCACAGGCUACUUCUCGAGUUGCUUCCUGAGGAUGAAGACUUGAAAACCUGUCCCUUUGACAUCGGGGAAACUGUAGAGGGAAAAGUGAUGGACUCUUCAGUGGAAGGGGUUCACGUUCGUGUUCCCCAUCCUUCUGGCAAAGGCUUCAUUACUGCAUAUCUUCCAGCUGGACACAUGUCCCCCUGUGAACAAAUUGGUAGGCACAUAGCGGUUCAUUCAACUCCAGGUGACACUAUAUCAGCACGAGUCUUUUCAACAACUCCGGAGUUCCUCUUGACCAACACUCUGGUCCCUCAAAAGUGGUACACCGAUGUCAAGAACUUGUCCGUCGGUGAUUGCAUUCCGUGCUCCAUCGUUCAAAUUCAUCAAACGGGAAUUCGAGUUCUGCUGCCAGUGAAGGACUUGAAGAACUAUGGAAUUGUAGCUCUCAAUAAAAUAGACAAUAUAAAAGUGCUGUUUAAGCACCAGAUAUUGUUCGGAAAAAUCACUCAGAUUAAUAAAAAAACGCAGGUCAUUCAUUUGACAACAGUUCUCCAUGAAGUCUGGUCCUCAGCUGUAGAAAAUGAUACAGAUGUCAUCGCUUGUGUUGAUGUUCUAGCCCUAUAUCUAUCCAAAUUGAAAGAGUUAUCAUCACUGAAUUACUACAAUACGAAACAAGUUUCUAAAAUGAAACUGGGGGAAAGAGUCUCUGGAGUUGUUGAAAAGAUAGUUGAACACGGAGUUAUUGUCAAUCUAGAUAAUGGUGUUCCAGCAACUGUGAGGGAAUUUCAUUUAAAGAAAUCCUUGAAAAUUGGUGACCAAGUGAAGGGAUGUGUAUUGUGGAUAAAUUACAUUGACGAACUCGUCGAGAUAACGUUAAAUCCGAUCUUUAUUAAUGCCAUCAAACCCAAACAGAACAAAAUUUCAGAAGACGGCCUUGGUAAAAAAUUGAGUGGACAAAUUGUUCUUGUAGACAAGUGGUUUAUUCUUGCUGUUGUAAAGGGUUACGGCAAGGGGAGCCUUGUAGCAUUGCCCACCAGAGCUCAUCUUAAUCAUGUGACACCCGAUCUAUCGAAUUAUAGAUUAGGUGCCACUGUCAAAUGUUAUAUACUUAUGAAGGAUGAUGAAUCAGAUAUUAUUCCAAUUGCCUACAGAGAGCUGGCGUUUGUUAUGGGCAGUUCUAAGAAGGCUAAUGCUGUGAUGAAAAGAAAAAGAGAAACAGAUGAUGAAGAUCAAUUGAGACAAUCUAAAGUUUCGAAGAAAGGUAUCAAUUCAAAGGAUGACGGGAUUAGAGAGGCUGUACCAAAAAAAGAUGAAAAUGGAGGGCAAGUCGUCAGUGGCAGUUCGAAAGAGUCAGAAAGGGUCUCAGAAAUUGGUGAAGCAAUUAAAGAAUUGAAUUCUCCUGGAUCAAAAAUUAAAGACGAAAAACUUCUAGAGAUGGAGCAAGUGAGUAUUCCAGAAUGUGGCUUUUUCUGGGACUCGAAUCCAGACAUCAAUCUUCACCUCACGGACUCCAGUAACGACGAAGGUAUUGCCGAAGAGCUGCCGACUAAACGAAAAAAGAAAAUGUCUGCCGGUGAACGAAGAGAGCUCGAGCGUCAGAAGGAGAGGGAGGUCAGAGAAAAAGAGGAACAACUAGCUAGGAAUAAUCUUCCGAAUUCGGUGGAGCAGUUUAACAGGCUGGUUCUGUCCAGUCCCGACAGUUCCUUUGUCUGGUUGCAGUACAUGGCGUAUCACCUUCAGAGUACGGAGAUUGAAAAGGCGAGAGCCGUGGCUGCGCAGGCCCUCAAGACCAUCAACUUCAGGGAGGAAAAUGAAAAGCUCAAUGUUUGGCAGGGCUGGCUAAAUCUCGAAUCUAGAUUCGGUACUCCUGAGAGCCUGCACAAACUCUUUAUGGAGGCCAUCAAUGCUAACGAUCCUCAGAAGAUAUAUCUUCAUAUGCUGAAGGUGCACUCGGAUGCGGGGCGGACUGAUGAAAUGGAAAGGCUUGUGAAAACCAUUACGGGAAAGUUCAAGGGUCUUCCUGAUGUGUGGGUCCAGUGUGGAGCUGCAUUAUUGAAGACUGGAUUGAGUGAAAAAUCAAGGUACACGAUGCAGAGAGCUCUCCAGUCUCUCCCUCCAACCGACCACGUGAAUCUCACAGUAAAAUUCGCCCAGUUGGAGAGUAAAUUCGGGGAUAAUGAAAGGGCUGAAGCUCUUUUUGAAAAAAUAUUGUCGUCAUAUCCGAAGAGAAUUGACAUCUGGUGCGCUUAUGUUGACGCUUUAGUUAAAGCAAAACGUUUCGAUACUGUAAGAGCUGUCCUAGAACGCGCUGUUAAUCAGAUAUUGCCUGCAAAAAAGAUGAAAGCGUUAUUUGCCAAGUUCAUUGCUUUUGAGGAACAACAUGGAAAUGCGGAAACACUCAACGAUGCACGCACACUUGCGAGGAAAUAUGUUGAGAAUUACUGCAACAAUAGUAAUAUUGAAUUUAAUGAGUGAUUUUUCUUUAUCUUUUACGUUGUAAAAUUUCUAAUUAUUAUUUAUUUCUAAUUAUCAAAAAUAAACAAAAUUUAAUAAAAUUAUUAUGAAUCGCAAAGGCAGCGGCUCCACAACUGGAUAAUUUUAUAGAAAUAAUUUCAUAGGGAGAAUUAAAUAUAAAAAAAUAAAAACUAAUAGAGUCAAAGCUUUGUUCAAAUUGCACAGAUUAAAAAUUACAUGUAAUGAAAUUGA